UCUCCCCAGGGCUCCCCGGCCCCUCUUCUGGCACGGACGAGGAGGAUUGCCCGGAGUGCUCUGCUGAAAGCCGCUCCCUACAGCAGCUGCUGCCGGAGGACAGGCCAGCCCGAAGCCCUCAGCCCCGAGAGACGCCAGGCCCUGGAGCGAUACCUGCAGCUGCGGAGCGCUGGCUGGAUCCAGGACCGCUCUGGCAAGUGGGUGAAGGACGAGAAUGCCGAAUUCGACUCCGAUGAGGAUGAGCCGCCUGCGCUGCUGCCAGCCUGA